UCGAUAAACUCUAAAUAUUCAGCGACUCGAAAAACGAAAACAAUCAAAAUCGGUUUUAAUUGAGUCAAUUUCCAGCCAUGUGACAAAGCAAAUGAAACUCAAUCGAAACGACUCAAUUUUCUCAAAUUCGAAUGAACAACACAAAAACCACAAAAAUUACUCAAAACUGUCAGGCGAACAAGCUAAAAAAUUAGCUAAAAUCUAAUAGGCAAUUGGAAACUCUGUUAUAUUUAAGAAAAGAAACCGACGAUGGCAAUUCUCCAAAUGACAACGCUCUACAUUUGCAUAAAUGGCAUAUUUAAAUUAAAUUUUUUCGCAUUUAAAAUAAAUACUUAUGCAAAAACGAACGGAAGACACAGUGCAAAUAAAACAGUUCAUGGAUAAAGACGUGCAGAAGAGACUAACGAAAACAAAGUGUUAAACGAAAAUUAAAAAAAAAGUGAAGAAAAUUCAAAAAGUUCUAUAAAUAGUAAUCAAAGACAAUAUAAGAAACAAUUAAAAUAAUGAAAUUGUUGGUCCUAAUAACAACAAGCCUUAUGGCUAUGGGCUCAGCUGCUCCCCAAUUCGGUUAUGGGUUGCAGCAACAGCAAGCAGCCCUUUAUCAAGCCUCACAAAAUGCUGAACUCGACACAGACAUUGACUUUCAGGGCAGUGAAGGAAAAUAUUUACCUCCCGGAGCUGGUGCUACAGCACCUUUAGUACGAAAGCAAUUCUAUUUGAUUUCAGCUCCUGACGACAGUGAGAAUCAGCCAAGACAAAAACAUUUGGUCUUGGGCCGUCCUCAAAGGAAUUAUCGAGUGGUUUUCAUUAAAGCUCCCGGCUCUGAUAAUGCCAACGUCAAAUACUCGGCGGAAUAUGCUCCCCAGGAGGAGAAGACCAUCAUUUAUGUCCUUAGCAGAAAGGAUAGUGAAUUGGAUGCCAGUGAUAUUGUUACACCAUCACCCACAGAACCUAGUAAACCAGAGGUAUUCUUCAUCAAAUAUAAGACAAAUGAGGAGGCAGAAGCUGCUCAAAGGGAAAUUCAAAAUGAGUACGACAAAUUGGGUGGCACCAAUGAAUAUUCCGAUGAAGGUGUUGCUCCCAUCACUUCUGUUGUCGGUGCUUUGGACAGUACAACAAACGAUGAUGUCUACCGCGGUAGCCGCCAAAAGGAAAAUCCCAGUCCAAGAUCUGGCUUAGGAGUAAAAUCUCCAAUCACCCAGUAUUUACCAAUUGUAAAAAAAUAGGAAAAUUUUCAAGCAUCCUUUAAUGAAGCACAACUAUCCAUUUUAGCUUUAAAUAUUGUUGUUAAUAUUGUUGUUAUUAUUGU